AUGUCACCGACUCUUCUCGUUCGUGGACUUGUCAAACCAGCUACUCGCCUUUCAUCCAUCCGAUCACUACAUAGCAGUAUGACACCCCGUGGACCCGCCCUCAACCUCAAGACGAUCAAUCCCUCAAUCCUUGACGUGCACUAUGCCGUCCGUGGUGAACUCGCCCUCAAGGCAGAUAAAUAUACUCAACAGCUCGCUUCACCAGGUCCAUCGAAUGGAUCUAACACCACCAACGUCGAGACCUUGGAUCACUCCCUGCCGUUCAAACAUGUCGUUACUGCUAAUAUCGGUAAUCCACAACAAAAAGGAUUAAAUCAGAAACCUCUCACUUACUGGAGACAAAUCAUCAGUCUAUUAGAAUACCCAGAUUUGUUUGAGAAACAUCAAGAAUUGGCUGAGAAGAUAUAUCCUAAGGAUGUGAUUGCGAGAGCGAAGAGUUUGUACAAGGAGAUUGGAAGUGUAGGAGCUUAUACGCAUUCGAAAGGUGUUUUGGCUAUUAGGAAAAGGGUAGCCAAGUUCAUCGAGGAACGAGAUGGAUACCCUGCCGAUCCCGAAUCAAUCUACCUCACUGCCGGAGCUUCCGCCGGUGUAUCUUCCAUCCUCUCCAUCGCCUUACAACAAGGAGAUGGCUGUAUGAUUCCCAUACCCCAAUACCCCCUUUAUACCGCCACACUCGCCUACCUCAAUGCCGAGCCAAUACCCUACUAUCUCUCUGAAGAACGAGACUGGUCGAUGGAUCAUGAUACCCUGCUCAAGGCAGUAUCAGAAGCGAAAUCGAAAGGAAAGCCCGUGAAAGCAUUGGUAAUCAUAAAUCCAGGUAAUCCAACUGGUGCAUGUUUAUCAAAAGAAGCGAUGGAAGCAGUUGUUCAUCUAUGUUAUGAAGAAGGUAUCGUCCUGUUGGCAGACGAAGUUUAUCAACUUAAUAUAUAUGAUCCAUCCCAUCGACCUUUCAUCUCAUUCAAGAAGAUAUUGAAAUCGAUGCCUGAACAUAUCGCCAAUUCUGUCGAAUUGAUAUCGUUCCAUUCGAUAUCUAAAGGAGUAUCUGGAGAAUGCGGUAGAAGGGGUGGUUAUUUCGAAUGUGUAAAUAUAGAUGAAAAAGUUAUGGAACAAGUUUAUAAGAUGGCUAGUGUCACUUUGUGUCCACCGGUUUCAGGUCAGAUCGGUGUAGAUCUCAUGGUAUCCUCUCCACCUGCCGACUCCGAAUCCUAUCCAUUAUGGAAAGAAGAAACUUCCUUAAUCCAUAACAACCUGAAAGAACGAUCUUACCUCAUGGCAGAACAUUUCAACAAGUUACCUGGAAUGUCAUGUAAUGAUGCUGAAGGAGCCAUGUACCUGUUCCCCAAGAUUGAGAUGCCCCAAAAAGCUAUAGAGGAAGCUAAGAAGAGAGGUAAAGAGGCGGAUGUGAUGUAUGCUUUGGACUUGUUAGACGCAACUGGUAUAUGUGCUGUAGCAGGAUCGGGAUUCGGUCAAGAACCUGGAACGUAUCAUAUUAGAGUGACUGCCUUGUGUCCUGAGACUAAAGAGUUUGUAGGAAGGUUUGAACAGUUCCACCAAGAGUUUAUGGACAAGUACAAGUAA